GACUGAUCCAUGCCGUUGAUUACAUGCCCCCACAAACGCACGCUGCCUUUUGGUGAAGCGAAAAAGCUCUCAUAGAAUAACACAGAGAGAAGUCGCAAAAACAAAAAAACAAAAACAAAAAUCAGAGAAAUAUCAAUCUCGAUCUCUUUGCAUAAAACAAUGGUUUACGCAUCCCGCAUCAUCAGCCAUUCCAAGAAGCUGAAACAUGUUUCCACUUUACUACGACGUGAGCAUGCUGUGGCAGUCCGCGGUUUCUCCAACACUACCCAGCCCUCUCUCACUGGAAGAGAAGAUAUGCUCAAGACUCGCCUGAAUUAUUCCCCGGCAGAGAGGAUUUCGAAAUGUAGUGCCAGCAAUGUGCCAAUUCCUAGUGGUAUUUCAGCUAUGCGCACAAAACCAAUGACAGGACCAACCUUUUUUAGAGAAUAUAUAAGCUCCCAGAUGCGAUCAGUAAGAGGAUUUUCAUCCAGCUCAGAUCUUCCUCCUCAUCAAGAGAUCGGAAUGCCUUCUCUCUCCCCAACAAUGACUGAGGGUAACAUUGCCAGGUGGCUGAAGAAAGAAGGUGAUAAAGUUGCUCCUGGUGAAGUGCUUUGUGAAGUUGAAACUGACAAAGCAACCGUCGAAAUGGAAUGCAUGGAAGAAGGUUAUCUCGCCAAGAUAGUGAAGGAGGAAGGAGCAAAAGAAAUUCAAGUUGGUGAGGUGAUUGCUAUCACAGUUGAAGAAGAAGAAGAUAUUCAAAAGUUCAAAGAUUACACCCCCUCAUCUGGUACUCCUCCCGCUCCUGAAGAAAAACCAGCUCCUUCCCCACCAAAGGAAGAGAAGGUCGAGAAGCCAGCCAGUGCACCUGAAGCCAAGACAUCCAAGCCAAGCUCGGCUCCUUCAGAAGAUCGUAUUUUUGCUAGUCCUCUUGCCAAAAAGUUGGCUGAAGAUAGUAAUGUACCUCUCUCAAGCAUCAAAGGCACAGGUCCUGAAGGACGAAUAGUGAAGGCUGAUGUCGAAGAGUUCUUAGCUUCACGCGGUAAAGAAACUACUGCCAAGCCUUCCAAGCCCACCGAUUCGAAGGUUCCAGCUUUGGACUACGUUGAUAUCCCUCACACUCAGAUCCGAAAGGUCACAGCCUCACGUUUGGCAUUCUCAAAGCAAACUAUUCCCCACUACUACUUGACCGUGGACACAUGUGUUGACAAACUGAUGGGCCUUAGGAGCCAAUUGAAUUCAUUUCAAGAGGCGUCCGGCGGGAAACGGAUAUCAGUUAACGACCUUGUUAUUAAGGCUGCUGCAUUGGCUCUAAGGAAAGUUCCUCAGUGUAAUAGUUCAUGGACUGACGAAUACAUCCGCCAAUUUAGCAAUGUGAACAUCAACGUGGCAGUACAAACAGAAAAUGGUCUUUACGUUCCUGUUGUCAAGGACGCGGACAAGAAAGGGCUGUCUAAAAUUGGAGAAGAGGUUAGAUUCUUGGCUCAAAAAGCUAAAGAAAACAGCUUGAAGCCUGAAGAUUAUGAGGGAGGAACAUUCACAGUCUCCAACUUGGGAGGACCUUUUGGCAUUAAACAGUUCUGCGCAGUCAUCAAUCCACCUCAAGCCGCUAUUCUAGCAAUCGGAUCAGCUGAAAAGAGAGUUGUUGCUGGUAGCGGCCCUGACCAGUUUAACGUGGCUUCGUACAUGUCUGUAACACUUAGCUGUGAUCACCGCGUAAUAGAUGGUGCGAUUGGAGCUGAAUGGUUGAAAGCAUUCAAGGGUUACAUCGAGACCCCAGAAUCUAUGUUGCUCUAAAGUCCACGCACAGAGAGAUACACGCAUCAAAGUUAAGCUCAUAUGAGUCGAGACAUUAAAUUUAUCUGGUUCAACAGUUUCUACCAGAUUUGUUUGCCCUUUCCCCUGGGCAUGCUUUUUCACAGUUGCUUGUUUUUUUGCCAUUCAUUACACUGAGUUGACAGGUUUUUUUUGUCGCAAAAUAAAAUCAGGAAUCCAACAAUCUUACUGUUGUUAACUGGGUGUUUGGCUUCAUCAUGGGUUGGCAACUUGGCAU